GCGCGGGCCGCUCGGUGCUCGACCUCGGCUGCGGCAACGGCCAUCCUCUCCAUGUUCUGCGCGCGCGCCGGCGCCGCCGAGGUGGUCGGCGUCGACCGGUCCGAGGUCAUCUACGACGCCAUGGAUAUAGUCAGGGAGAACGGUCUCUCCGACGUGGUGAAGUUGGUGAAGGGUCGGCUGGAGGAGAUGGUGCUGCCCGGCGGACGCGACCGGCGCUUUGACGUCAUAGUGUCCGAGUGGAUGGGCUAUUUCCUGCUGUUCGAGGGCAUGCUGGACUCGGUGCUGUACGCGCGGGACCACCUGCUGGCCGACGGCGGCACCCUCAUGCCCAACCGCUGCACUAUGAGCUUGGUGGCCGUAUCCGACAUGGAACGGUACGACCAUCUGCUGUCGUUUUGGUCGGACGUGUACGGCUUCCGGAUGAGCUGUCUGCGGGCAGAGGUGCUGCAGGGAGGCCAGUGUGGAGGUGGUGCCGGCUGCCGCCAUCUGCUCCGACCCCUGCCAGAUCAAGCAGCUCGACCUCAACACGAUCACUGUGGCCGACACCGAGUUCACGGCGCCGUUCUCGGUGCGUGUGACGCGCGCGUGCCGCGUAACGGCGCUGGUCGGUUACUCUUCGACACCCACUUCGAUCUGCCGAUCGCGGUCGGCUUCAGCACGGGGCCGCAGGCGCCGUCCACCCACUGGAAGCAGACCGUGUUCUACCUAGAGCAGCCGGUCAGCGCUGACGCAGGCGACACGAUAGAUGGCACGCUGUUCUGCGGCCGGGACCGCAAGGACCCGCGCUCCCUGCGCGUGACACUGACCACCGGCGGCCGGAGCCAGUCCUACCGCGUCUCAUAGCGGCGGCUCGACGUCCGGCGCUCAGGCAGAGGUCGGUGAGCUGGUAGCCCUCCGCCCGUCCGUCCCAGCUGGCGCCGGCGACGACGCAGAAGGCAGGCUGUGCAUUUGUAUCGUUGUUUGUCGUGCAAUACAAAUCAC